UGCCUGCAGCACACACACACCUGCUCGCCGAGCCUGGCGUAUUCAUGUGGCGCUUGCCAGGACCAAAUAAGGGGCAGUUCCAUCACGAUGCACCGCUAAAGACAGUGAGGAUGAAGCUCCGGUGGGGAUGGACAUGUCUGCUGCUGCUAUCCCUGGCCACUGCUGCCUGGACACAUGAGGAGGAUCAGGACAGCACAGGAGAUGCUCAGGUGGAAGACUCUGACGAUGCAGAUUCAGAGACUGAGGAUCCCACUGCUAACACCAAUGUCUCAUUCCAGCCCUUCAGACAGGUAACAUACAAGACUCCUGUCCCUACAAAAGAGGCAUAUUUCACAGAAACAUUUGAUGAAGGCUUGUUAGCUGGGUGGGUGCAGUCCAAAACCACAAAAGACGGUGCAGAUGAUGACAUUUCAAAAUAUGAUGGUCAGCAGUGGUUUGACACUUUUAUUUUAUGGAGACUAGUGGUUCAGUAUGAGGUGAAUUUCCAAGAUGGAAUUGACUGUGGUGGGGCUUACAUGAAACUUCUGUCUGCAAGUGAUGAUUUAGAUUUGGAAAGGUUUAAUGACCAAACUUUGUAUACGAUCAUGUUUGGCCCUGACAAGUGUGGUGAAGACUACAAAUUGCACUUUAUCUUCAAACACAAGAAUCCCAGGAAUGGAGACUAUGAAGAGAAGCAUGCAAAACGGCCUGAUGUGGAUCUGAAGAAAUUCUACACUGAUAAAAAACCCCAUCUGUAUACAUUGGUGUUGAGCCCGGACAACACCUUUGAAAUCUUCAUUGACCAAACAAGUGUGAGUAAGGGGAACCUCCUGACAGACAUGGCCCCUCCUAUAAACCCCCCUAAAGAGAUUGAUGACCCCAAUGAUGUCAAACCCGAGGAAUGGGAUGAGAGACCCAAGAUCCCUGACCCAGACGCUGUCAAGCCUGAUGACUGGGAUGAAGAUGCUCCAGCUAAGAUAGAAGAUCCUGAAGCAACAAAACCAGAAGGCUGGCUUGAUGAUGAGCCAGAGUACAUUUCAGACCCCACUGCUGAGAAGCCCGAGGACUGGGAUGAGGAGAUGGACGGGGAGUGGGAGGCUCCUCAGAUUCCCAACCCGGCGUGUGAAGCAAGCCCAGGCUGUGGGGUGUGGAAGCCUCCCAUGAUCAAUAACCCAAACUACAAAGGAAAGUGGAAGGCUUCCCUCAUCGAAAACCCCAGUUACCAGGGGAUUUGGAGUCCCAGAAAAAUCCCCAAUCCAGAUUAUUUUGAAGACCUCCAUCCUUUCAGAAUGACCCCUUUCAGUGCGGUUGGCUUAGAGCUGUGGUCCAUGACCUCGGAAAUCUACUUCGACAACUUCAUCAUCUGUUCGGACAAAGAAGUGGCAGAUCGCUGGGCCUCUGACGGCUGGGGAGUGAAAAAGUUGAUGGCCAGUGCCAAUGAGCCAGGAGUGUUCAGCCAGUUGAUGGCUGCUGCAGAGGAGCGUCCUUGGCUCUGGGUAGUGUACAUCCUGACGGUGGCCCUGCCAGUGGGACUAGUGGUGCUCUUCUCCUGGCCCAGGAAAUCUGAUGAAGCCGCCAGCUACAAGAAGACCGAUGAUAUUCAGCAUGAUGUGCUGGAGGAUGAAGAAGAGGAAAAGGAGGAGGAGCAGGAGAGAGAGGAGGAAGCUGACACAGAGACAAGGGCAGACACUGGUAAAGCAGAAGAGGAGGAGGAGGAGGAGGAGGAAAAGAGGAGUGAUCAUGAGAGUGGAGCUGCUGGAGACAGUCAGGAUGAAGAGGAAGAAGACAGCAACAAAUCUAACGAGACUGCAUCAGAUGAUGAGAUGAAGGAUGCCGAUGAGAGCAUAGGAGAUGGACCAAAGCAAACAGCACGCAAGAGACGAGUACGAAAGGAUUGAACUAAACCUUAAAGCAAUUAAGGAUUGUUCCUUUUCUUCUCUCCCCGCAGUGCAUGCACAACAGCAUGCAGGCUCCCCAGCUGCUGGCUGAUACGAUCCAUUAGAUCUUCUCCUGAACCACUUGUGUUCCCUAUUAAUUCUUCCCACCUCUGUCCUAACUUUGAGUCUUCACUUAAAGAUGUUGCUUUUUUAAGGUAUUGUUGCAAUGUUCAUAUUGAAAAAAUAUUAAGAUGAAAAAAGAAAACGUUUUAACAACAAAUACCCAUUAAGGUGUAUUUUGCAGCAACAUAAUAUUCAACAAUAUGUACAAUUAAAAUAGAGCAGUUUUAUACAGUGUACAUAGUAAAAAACAAAAGAGAUUAGAGCUAUAAAAGCAGUUGAGCUGAUUAAAUUGUACGUCUAGAUUGAAAAGUUUGCUAAAUGAGUUGCAAAGAAAAUAAUAGCAGUUCAGAAUUUAAGUUAACUAGUGUCUAGUUCUGUACUGAAAAUAAAAUGCACUGGAAGUAUCUUAAUAUAUUAUUUUUAUGUAACUUAUUUUUGUUUUUGCAAGACAAAUGAUUCCAUUUUACUGCAUUUAUGAAGUUUUAAGCAGUUAUCACUUUGAUUUUUGUGAACAAAGUUGAAAGCUUUGCAAAAGCACACUGUUCUUAAAAUCUCUCUUAAUUCUAGAGUUAGAAAAAUAUAUUCAGAAAGUUUCUGAACCUUCAAAUGGUGGACUGACUACAUUUUCCGAGUUUUAAUGUUCUUGCCAUACUAUAGCAGAUCCCUGUUGAAAGAUGUUUGCAAAAUUUACAUUGCUCUUGAAAAUAAAUAUUUAAUACAA